AUGACAUCGGCGCCGGCGCCUUUGCCCGUUUCAGCGCCGUCUAAUAUGGCGGAUACCGCGCCUGUUAAUGCACAGACUCCAAAGUCGAAUUACAAGGGGUUUGUUGCGGGCAUAUUUUCCGGUAUUGCAAAGCUGAGUGUUGGUCAUCCAUUCGACACCGUCAAGGUCCGACUACAAACGAGUAAAGAUGUCCAGUUCCGGGGUCCGCUGGAUUGUACACUGCAGACGGUACGGAAGGAGGGCGUGAAGGGACUAUAUAAGGGUGCUACGCCGCCGCUGGUCGGAUGGAUGGUCAUGGACUCUGUCAUGCUCGGCUCUUUGACCCUGUACCGCCGACUACUUCUUGAAAACGUCUUCUCUAAGCCUCAUAUUCGCCCUUACCUUCCCUUCUGCGGCUUCCAGCCUGAUCUUGCUACGCUGCCGAGUUUAGGUCAUGGUAUUGCUGGUAUUAUGGCCGGUACGACGGUCAGCUUCAUUGCUGCUCCUGUCGAACAUAUUAAGGCUAGAUUACAAGUUCAGUAUGCGGCCGAUAAGUCGAAGCGCAUGUAUAGUGGGCCGAUUGACUGUCUUCGCAAGAUGCUUCGCACACAUGGCAUUAGCGGUGUAUACCGUGGUCUCUGGGCAACAGUCUUCUUCCGCAGUUUCUUCUUCUUCUGGUGGGGAUCCUACGACGUCCUCACCCGCCACUUCAAACAGAACACCUCCAUGUCCGCACCGGCAAUCAAUUUCUGGGCUGGUGGUAUCUCCGCCCAGAUCUUCUGGCUCUUUUCUUACCCGUCAGACGUCGUCAAGCAGCGUCUCAUGGUCGACCCGAUGGGUGGGGCAUUGAACGACGGCGAGCGCCGCUUCCGCGGAUGGAAGGACGCUGCCAGGGCAGUGUGGCGAGAACGUGGGUUGAAGGGGUACUGGCGGGGCUUUGUGCCGUGCUUCCUCAGGGCGUUCCCGGCGAAUGCGAUGGCUUUGGUUGCAUUCGAGGGUGUAAUGCGUACCUUGCCCUAA